GCCGAAGGGAACUUCGGAAUUACGACGGCGACGGUCCGCUAAGCCAUCCUUGAUCGAUCCUGGGAACUUGAUACGUGCGAUUCUUGCAAAAAGCAGUCAUGGAACAGACGGAGGAGCCGCCGCUUCUCCGACGCCUCAAUGGACGAGCCCAAGCAUGCGAUCCUUGCCGAAACCGCAAGGUGGCCUGCGACCACGCGCAACCGAUCUGUAAUAGAUGCCGGAAGAGGGGACAGGCAGCCGCAUGCAUCUACACAAUCACCGACCAAAGGUCGAUAAGGCCGAGGAAAGCGGCCCUGACGCCGAGCGGCUCGACAUCGGCCGACUCCAUCCACGCUGCAAGCCCCGACGGGCAGUCGUCAUCGACGACUCCAGCGGCGUCUGGAUCCGGAUAUCUGGGGUUCACCAGCUAUUCCGCCGUGUUCGAGGAGACCCGGAACAGCCUGUCCCUCCUCCACGGAUCUGACGUCGGGCUGCCCCAGCUCCAAGCCGGCGACUUUGGCGCUCCGGUUGGUGGUGGUGGUGGUGGUGACCACCCGGAACGCCUGUCCCCCACUAUUCGCGACAUGUGUCUCAUCGUUCUGCGCAAUCUUCCCGAACCCUACGGGGGGGAGGCUUCCUUCCGAAGCGCUCCCCUCCACAGCCAGGCCUGGGUCCGCCUUGCAGCCACGCGUGUCCUCCGGUCGCUCGGUGGCGUACAUCGGGCCAACCAGGGGGGAAGCCGGGGCGAUUCCGAAUUGGAGGCAAUGGCGCAGGCGAUCUGCAGAAACACGUCCCGGCCAUUCCUCGACCACCGCGACCCCGACGAAUGGAUGGGCCAAUUCACCGGACCAAAUCUGCGGUGGGAGUCACUCGGCCUUCUCUUCACCUUCUGGGAGCCGAUUACCGAUAGGGUGCCUGGCUAUCCAUGCGCGCCCCCCAGGAGGGCUAUUGUCGAGGGCUGGUCGCGGGCGGCUCGGGAAUGUCUGGCACACUGCGUUGACCUGGCCCGCCGUUUUUCUGGAGGGAAUGAUCUCCUGGUCUAUCUUUGCUUGAAGCAGACGACGAUGGACUCGGUGCUUCUCGGGGAUGCUAGUCUCUCCUGUUGGACCCGCCAUGGAGAAACACUAAGCCUGCUGACCUUCCUCGGGCGGCAUGCCGAGCAAGGCAACCCCUCGUACACUCCCUCGUUCUUUUCCGAGAACAGGCGGCGGCUCUUCGCAUACGCCUUCGUGCUCGACAAGGUUAUGGUGUCCUUCACCGGCCGGCCACCCCUCAUCAGCCACCGCUACGCCUCGACUCCGCUCCCCCUCGACCUCCGAGACGAAGACCUGCUCUCCGACGGUCCGACGCUCGUGCAGGCGGUUGCUUCUCUGGAUGACAAGGGGUGGAACACCAGCGGCGGUGUAUAUUCCUCUACGCUCAUCCGUGCGCGGGCCAUGCUCGCCUUCGUCCGGGAUGAGCUCAUUGAGAUUGCCCUGAGCACAGGGAAGGGCACCACCCUGGAGGCACUGCUAGACAUCAAUGCCCGAGGAAAGGCGAUCUUCUCAGAGUUCCCCCAAGGUUUGGUCUACCGUCCCGAGAACCUCUGCGACCCGAGCGUGGACAUUGAAACCAUGUAUGCCAGGUUGCUGGUCCAGCUUGAGCAUCUCCAGAAUGUCUUCUUCGCGGAGCGGCUGAUGCUCCGAUAUGGUCAGGUAGACGAAGGCGAACUGCUGCUGACCAGCUUCGAGAUGGUCAGCCUGACGCUGAUCUUCUGGACGCACAAAGACCGACUGGCGGGAGUCCGCGGCGAUUUCGAGUGGCUUUUGAUGGCCUUUGCCGCGCCAGGAGGUGGCAUCCUCUGCUCGGAGCUUCUCAGGCCGACCUUCUACGGCACGCACCCGAAGAAUCCGAAAUUGAGCCGAUCCACCAUCGUCCAGCAGCUGAGUCUCCUUGUCGGCUUCCUCGACUGGGUUGGUCCGUCCGCGCCGAACGGGGCCCUGUGCGUUAAUUGCAAGUCCAUCAUCCAGCAUGUCCUGGACCACAAUCUCAACGCCACGACGCAGAGCGGCGGUGCCCUCGGGGCGCUGGACUGGGAUGUUUCGGCGCAGUUGGACUUCAACUUUGAACUCUUGGACACGUUCGAUUGGCUAAGGCCGGAUAUGCCUUGAGCUAAAAACCUAUCAAUCGAGGAAAUUAAUGCUAAAAAGGAUCAACUGUAGGCCAGUUAUCGUAUCUGGGACGUUCAGCAAGAUCCACCCCCCGUUCAUCGCAGUGAGCCAUACACAUCUCGCUACCUCCGACUGGUGGGGCCGAGGCAGACCCGGGAAUGAGUCCUGGGUUUGACCAAUCGGAUGCAGCCCGACAUCCAUGUUAGGCAGGAUUUACAGAGAGCCGAGUUCUUGAACAUUUGUUUGGGUGAUGAGAGGUAUAAACUGGAUCUCACAGUUGGUGGGUGCUCAUUGGUAUGCUAUGCAAGUAUACUAGAGACUGACAUAAUAUCGUUGUUGC